CCACACUGCAGCAGACGUGUCCCUGAAGGCCACACUGCAGCAGAUGUCCCUGAAGGCCACACUGCAGCAGAUGUCCCUGAAGGCCACACUGCAGCAGAUGUCCCUGAAGGCCACACUGCAGCAGAUGUCCCUGAAGGCCACACUGCAGCAGAGGAUCUGCUCCACCCAGCAGCUGCUGCAGCAGGUGGAGCAGAUCUGUCCAGGGGUCGAAGGUCAUCAGAAGCUCUGUGGUAAACUACGAGCUGAGCUGCGUUUCCUGCGGCGGGUGGAGUCUGGACAGCUGCAGGUCAAAGAGUCUCACCUGCACAGCACCAACUUAACCCACCUGAACGCCAUCGUGGACUCGGCCCGGAGUCUGGAGCACGUGGUGGCGCUGCUACACGUCUUCACCUACCAGGACGCUGCCGGACAGCGCCGCACGCUGGUGGUGGACGUGGUGGCUAAUGGGGGGCUCACCUGGGUGAAAGCAGUAGGCAGGAAGGCGGAGGCACUGCACAACAUCUGGCAGGGGCGGGGCCAGUUUGGAGACAAAAGCAUCAUCAGACAAGCUGAGGAGUUCCUGCAGGCCAGUCACCAACAGCCGGUCCACUACCAGCACCCCCACGUCAUCUUCGCCUUCUACAGCGGAGUGUCCUGCCUCAUGGCCCAGCAGCUCCGGGACAUGGGUGUGCUUGUUCGAGGUGACAUCGUCGCAGUCAACACUGGAAGGGCUGAGGAGGAGGAGGAGCAGGAGGAGGAGCAGGAACCAGAUGAGGAGGAACAUAAGAACGAGGAGGCAGCAGCGCAGGUGACCCAGGUGGACCCUGGCACUGUCCUGGCUCACCUGGAGUUCCCCAUGCAGGUGCAGGUGGAGGAGUGUCGGCGGGUGAACCUGGACAUCACCACACUCAUCACCUACGUGUCCUCACUGAGCCACGGCCGGUGCCACCUCACCUUCCGAGAACCGGUUCUGACGGAGCAGGCGGCUCAGGAGCGGCGCAAGAAAGUUCUACCUGAGCUUGAUGGCUUCAUGGAGGGGAAGCAGCUGUUCGCCUGCCACGCUGCCGUGCACGACUUCCAGCUGAUCCUGGACACACUGGGUGGGCCAGGUGAGAAGGAACGUGCUCACAAGCUGCUGGCCCGCCUCCACCUGGUGGACGACCAGCCCUCAGAGCGCACACUGCGCCUCGCCCCCAGUGCCAAGAUUAACCAGCGCUCCGUCCUGAUCUUUGGUACCGGAGACUCUCUCAAAGCUGUCACCAUGACGGCAAACAGCCGCUUCGUCAGGGCGGCUGCCAAUCAGGGUGUUCACCUCACCGUCUUCAUCCACCAACCACGAGCCCUGACAGAGGCCAAAGAGUGGAGAGCCACGCCCGUCUCAUGAUACCACCUGACCAGACCACUCCCCUCUGACCAGACCACUCCCACCUGACCAGACCACUCCCCCAUGACCAGACCACUCCCACCUGACCAGACCACUCUCCUCUGACCAGACCACUCCCACCUGACCAGACCACUCCCCCAUGACCAGACCACUCCCACAUGACCAGACCACUCCCCUCUGACCAGAACACUCCCCUCUGACCAGAACACUCCCCUCUGACCAGACCACUCCCACAUGACCAGACCACUCCCCUCUGACCACACCCCUCUGACCAGACCACUCCCCCAUGACCAGACCACUCCCACAUGACCAGACCACUCUCCUCUGACCAGACCACUCCCACCUG